UCUGCAGCCGCCGGGGCUUGUAGAGUAGGGUCUGGUAGUCUGGUAUUCCAGGGUCUCUUCGUCGAAGAGAAAGGGCAUUCAGCGAUGGUGAAUGGGUAGAAUAGUGAGAAGAGCCAUUGGCAGCGAGGGACGGGUUGGUCUUGGGAGAGGUUGGCGUGGCGGGAGAUGUACGAGGCCUACACCGGGCAGCCAAUCCCCCAUCGACUGUACGCGCUCAGGUCCCAUUUCUGUAAACCCCAUCAACAGCCAUACAGCCAUACAGAUCCGUUCAGCCAUACGGACAGUAACCUUGUACUGCCACCAGCUUAAGCUUCCGCCAGUCGGUGUGCGGUGCGGGCCAGAUGCAGACGGUUCCUCGUCCAAUCGCAUCUCCCGUCUUCUCAGUCGUCUAUUUUCAGACCAUUCCUUCAACCAUCUAGUUCUAGCAUUCCCCCACAGGUCACGGCUCCAUUACCCUUUGGAUCUAUUUGUUGUGAGGAUGUGCUAUGGCGUCCAUUGCACGCAUCCCACUAGCAGUAAUCACUGUUAUCGCCUUGCGUUAGGGUCGUGAUGGUUGAAGCGAGCUGCAGGUUUUCUGAGCAUAUUUUGACGGAAAUUCGGACAGUUAGAAUGAUAGCGUAUGCUCCCGUUCUGGACUACACGAUAGACCAAAGAUGACUUAUUCAACGAUGGAGGCAUGGUGGGGGUGAAUGCGAUGGGCUAUUGUGCAAGCAUGUGCU